AGAAUUGGUGCUUUUAAUUUGAAAGAGGUGACCGGUAGGUUUCCUAUUUACUCUGUCUGACUUGGUACUGAUGGGAACACUGUGUUAAACCUCUGCAUGUGAACAAACAGCGUGCAGGAGCAGCAGCAGCAGCAGCAGCAGGGUCGAAGUCAGGUUGGAAAAAGAAGAAAAAAAACUGGCGGUAACGAACAAAUUGUCGUGGGAGUUACAGGAACACGGCGGUGAAAAGGGAGGUUUAGUUUUUCAUGUGAGAUUAAAGUUGCUGCAUUAUGAAUCCCAGCAACACAUCGAGCACUCCUCUACAGGACUGGACUGAGGAGAAGAGCCCCAUGGGCCACCCGGCUCCUCCUCCCUACCAGGACGCCCCCUACCCCGGCAUGCCCCCGCCAGGCCCUGGAUACCCUCCACAGCAGGGUUUUCCUCCACAGUACGGCGGUCCAGCAUAUGGACAUCAGCCGUACCCGAUGGUCCACCAGUAUCCAGCUCAGCCCGGCACCGUCACUGUCCAGCCCACGGUGUUUGUGUCUGCGGGCCCUCUGGCCAACCCUGUCAACGACUACCUGGGCUACUCCAUCUUCACCCUGCUGUUCUGCUGUCUGCCGCUCGGAGUUGCCGCCCUCAUCUACUCCAUCUCAGCCCGGGAGGCAAACCAUGUCGGCGACCAGGUAACGGCGGAGCGGAGCAGCAGGAUGGCAAGGACAUUGAACCACGUGGCUCUGGGGCUCGGUAUCGGGGGCCUCAUCCUCACCCUUGUCUUUGUAAAGGUUUUACUGUCUGCAUAGUGCGUCUCCAUAGUCAAUAUGUUAUUGACAUGAGAAACGUUUUCCAAAUUUGAUGCCUUUAAAUUUCAGCCUUAGCCCAGUGUGGCGCUACCAUACAUGCAGACAUCAAAUGUUAUGCAAAGAGAGUUUCAUAAUUCACAGUCAAAAAGCAGGUUUGAAGGUUGAAAAAGUAUGUCAGAUUUCAUUGUGAUCCGAGUUUUGUGUAAUUUUUCAAAAAGGUGAAAUUGUGCCUUCUCAACAGAAUUGCUGGAAAAAUGUGCACUAACAUCUGACUUUCUUGAAAAAAUACAAAACACCAAAUCACAUUUUCAAAAUCAAAUCAAACAUUUCACUUUUAGUUUUGUAAAGCUCAUGUUCAGAGCUCAAGUAGUAGAAAAGAAAAGCAGCAUAAAUCUGUUUGUCAUCAAAGUGGUUCUGACCGGAAAGUGCAUGCUAUAUACGGCUACAGUCCUCUUCUGUUCGUCAUUUUUCAAGUGCGCCAAAGUAAUUUUGUUUAUUCCAGCUAAAUAAGUGCACACAGCUUCUCACGAAAUCAGUAUAAACAGUGGGGCCAUUAUGGCAGAAACAGCCAGUUGCUCAAUCAGUGGCUCUGGCUCAACUUGCUUUGAGUCCUGCAUUGUGUUAGUAUCACUGGCCUGGGUGUAGUUUGUCAUGCGUUGUCCUGAUGUUCUUCUGUUCACCAAAACUCAAGAAGCAAGUUCAUACCGUACACUGAAUAUCUUGAGAAAUAAAGUGUACUGACAGAAAAA